GUGCCGUGCGGCGCCUUCAGCCCACACGUUUUCCUUUUGAUUCCCGCGGAUGCGGAGGCCACCGUCGGGAUGGGGACGGGGAUGUUGCCGGGCGGCAAAGCGGUGGGGCUGCUCGGCACUUGAUCCAUUCCUUCCUGGCAGUGGUGGCGCAAGUGGCCGGCAGGACAGGUGCCCGGCGCCGCCGGCGCUGCAUCUAGCUGCUUCUCUGGGAGUGGCCGGGUUCUUUUUUAGGGUUAGUUGGAUCCAUGCCACUCCAAUUUUUUGAAAUUGGAUCUCAUGUUGAAAAUCAUGCUAUUGAGUGGCAUGAUUUUCAACAUGACACCCAAUUUCACGGAGUUGUGGUGGCAUGAAUCGAAUUUUCCCUUCUUUUUAAGCCUUGGCUGGUUGCUGUAUCUCGCUGCGGAGGCGUUCCGGGCUGAUCUUGCGGGCGCCUGGGGAGAAGAAGAAGCCAGCGGUCGCUGUGUCUCCUCUUCCGUCUCCUUAACAGUGGUUGCUUGUUCUGCUUUGCUGUGUAGAUUUGCUUGAAUUUUGGGCUCUUAAUUAUACGACGAAUCGCAUCAUUAUCAUGCCAACUUCACUUAGGACGGCACUAGAUAGCCUCUUCUUUUCUAAGCACUUCUCCUGCUUCGUAUGGCAAAUGAAGAAUUCUCUUUUAGUCCUCUUGGAUUGGGGUUUUGGGAUUUCGGUUGAGUAUUAAGGCGUCUCUUUUGUCAACUAAUUCUUGAGGCAACCGUGUACUUUGUAUGUAGAAGUUUCGCCACUGUCCUUUGUUGAUGUUGCAUAACACACUCGACAACAAGCCUUGCCUGCAACAAGAACCUCGUAAACGUAAGAAGAUUGUCUUCACAAACCGUUUACUCACAAUCAUGGGGAUCCUAGCAUCUUAACACUGUUAGUGACUAAUCAAACGGCAGCUCGUGCUAUCCUAAUUUCAUGUUCAAGGCUAUUACGACACCUCUGCACCCUCUCCUUUUUAUUUUGACUAACCGGUAUAUUAAUUCCUUGAAGUGUGAUUCUUUAAUGAAGCUGCAUACUACUUUGUUGGCAAUAUUGCCAUCAACUUGUUUUGUUGAACUAAAGCUGAUGACUUGUACUUUCGGCUUGUGGAUUCAUUCAAGCCAGUAAUGCCUCUACUAUUUUACAACUUCUGGUGGUACAACUUGAUGUUUGGUUGGGUGUACCUUUAAUAUUGUGCAAAGAGCCAUUUACAAUUUGCUAUGAGGAAAAUAUAGAAUGAACAGGAGAUUGGAGAUAGUCUUCGACUUACUAUUCAAUAUGAAAAUAUUUUGUGGUUUUACUAUUCACAGAAGGAUAAACUAAAUGAACAUGUCGAAGAAUCUUUAGAAUAAAACAAGAAAAGAACAUUGAGGUUUCAUUUUUUUGUUCUUCUUUCAAGUCUUUUGUUUAAAAGGAACUCAAAAGUAGUUAGUAAGGAUUGAACUAUAGUAGAUAUAUUAUUGAUUUUUUAUAGAAAUUUCUAGCAAGUCGUUUGUGAAAUUUCUAGCGGCAGUAAUCGUUACGAUCCUUUGCAAUACUCUCUGCUUUCCACUCUUGGUUGUACCUUUUCACUUGGCAAAUGUAUUGCUUCGCUUUUUUAGUGAAAUCUUUAAUUUGAGCUAUAUUUCCGUUCUUUCCAUUCUGACAGAACAUUCAAGCAAAUCUAUGAAACUGCACUGCACUUGAAAGCUGUAACCAUGUCAGAUUGGCCUGCCAAAAUAUUUAGGGAGAAAGAGUUUCAAAUUCUGUCGAGCAAAAGUGAUCUCGGUUUACCUUUUGAGCUCAUCAAAGCUAGAGUGUCUGAAAGACUGAUGCUUGGAGUGAGCAAUACAGGUGCAUCUGCAGAGAAUACACAUCAGUUUAGUUCUAAGACGUGGGGCAUAACUCAUAAUGUUUGCCAAGGAGUCGAAUGCAAGAAUGUUGAUCGUGUUGGUACACCUUUUGGAAGUUCAACGAUGCAAAAAAAAAUGAAUUUAUAUGCUGCUAACACAGUGGUAUCAGAAAGAUUUUCUUUUCAUAAGCUUUCAGAUAUAUCUGUGAAUUCUCAUAAAGUUUUGAGCUCAGACAAUCUGGAGUGGGAUCACUUCCCCAUGUUUGAAAUUAACCGGAAGAUUGACAGUAUACUUAACCCAAGGCACACUGCAUUUGGUACUUCACCUGAUAAGUCUUUUGUUCAGCAGAAAAAUUUGAAGGUAAACAUGUCUACAUCUAAUGUGAUGCCAUUUUCAUCAAAGGAAUAUCAGUUCCAUUCACAUCGAAUAGCUGAUGAGAAUAUAAGUCAGUGCAUAUCUACAGGUGGCAUCCUGUCUCACCAAGAUAAACAUAUUGGUCUCAAUUUUGAUCAGGCUGGGAAAAAACUGAAAGGUCAUUUGUCAAUUGAAGAGUCAAGCUCUUGCAGCAAGAAUGAGACCGAUCCAUCAUGUUCAAUGACAGACAAGCUCUGUGCUAGCAAUCUUAUUGUGAAUGCAAAGGAAGCACCUUGUUGUUCUAAUGAGAACAACUUCAUGUUCUCAGGAAGCAGAAAAGAGAAUGAAAAUGCUGAAGGUACACUCCUGGAAAUGAAAUUAGGAGCAUUAGGAGGAUGCCCUAAGCAACAAAAUUUUGAGAGAGUAGCACAUCAUGGCCCAUUGCUUGGUAGAGAAUGUGAGAUGCAACAGGUCAAUGCUUCUACCACCAGUAAAGGGAGUGAUGUGGGAACUAGUGUUCAUGGUAUUGUCUUUGGUAAUCUAUCACAGAGUGAACAUGAGAAUCUGCAUGCACACAGAGUGAAUUCUGCAACGAAGUUGACAGAAUCCUGUGACCUACCUGGUAAAACUGCAAGCACACUGGCAAUGAAGAGUAAGGUUGAAACAUUGGCCCUUGGGAAACCGUCAAAGGACAUAUUGACAGAUGGCAAGCAAAAAGUUCCCUGCUUAUUUGAAAUGCUAACACUACCUUCCAAAUCACACGGUACAUAUUUCAAUGAUCCCAUAUCUUCAGGUAGAUCUUGCGGCAACAUGGGUAGUUGUUCGCUGGGAGCGCAGAAACAGUUCGCAACUAAGACCGAUACUUUGUACGGUGGCACACAUCAUGCAUCAGGCUUUGCUUCAACGUCAACACACAAGGACUCUGGCUGUCCAAACAUGGCAAAAUCUGAGCAGAUAGCAACUUCAUCUAUCAGAGGAGUUUCAAGCUGCAGUGGAGGAAAUGAAACUCUCAACGCGAGUGCAGGAAAUCACAGGUCUUGUCUGAAAGAAUCGUGCACCAAUAAGCAAGAAUGGAGCAUGUCAAAGACAUCGAGCAUGAACCUAGAUCUAGUUCUUUUUCAGAUAAGCAGAAUGAGGAAUCCAAUUUCCAGUGCUCUAAUUGAGUCACCAGUAUGUUCGGAGCCAAGUGACAGGUGGCCCAAACGUCUGCAAAAUGAUAUCUUGGAUCCUCAUUUGCCUUGUUCCAAGAGAUCAAAGAUUGGAGAUGGUCCACCACCUGGAGGAGCAUGUACCGUCUUUGGUCAAGAGCUUAAUUUUGAUAUGGGAAAAGCUGACAUGAUCAAUCAGGUGAAGAAGGUCCAGCUAAGGUAUGGAAGAUUGAUUAACCAACAAAAUCUAGAAGGCUCUCUUAUUUCGGCAAAAAGUCUAAACAGUUGGAUAGGAAGAUGGUGCCAAUGUGGCACCUCUAUUUACCAUAGCACUUCAAAUGUUGAAAAGCAAACACCAAAAUUUAAUAUGCCACCUGACGAUCUUGAAGGCCAGUUUCCAAGCAUUGCUGCAAUGGCGAUGAUGGGGCGAGCAAUGAACAAGCUGCGGCCUUGUGAACUUCAGAAAAGGGGACCUUCGGUAGUGUGGAAGACACAAGGGCCGUGACAUUUUAAAAGUGUGCUUUUUUUUUUGUCCACUAGCUGUGCCUGUCAGCAGAUAUCUGCAGGUAAAAAAGACGUGUAGCUAUAAUGUGUGAUUGCCUAGUCUAUUCUUGGUCCUAAAUCUUACUCUCUUCUAUUAUAGUGUCUCACACUCUCACCAAUGUAUCUAUUAUGUAUUACAUUUUGUCAUUUGUCUUUUGUGAUCCAUGAAAAACAAGAUCGUAACAUUAAUGGACAA